AUGACACCAUCGGAAUUAACCAUUUAUCUUCACAGUACUGGAAAUACACAAUCUGUGCAACCGACAGCCUCAUCAUUGCAUUUAUCUAACGAACUGGAAAGUAGUCACCAAAUAGCAGCAACUGAUGAACAGUCUAACAUCGAUUAUACGACUUCGCUUCUAGCUGAUCAAUUACAUUCAAAUGCUCCUACGUAUGGUAACAUAGAUAAUCCGAUCACUGCUGGUAUUUUAUCAUCCGGAGAUGAAACUAGGCUUACAGGUAGCCAUUAUAAGCAAUUAACAAAAUCUCAAUUUUUGUCAUCAGUACAUUAUGUUAAAAUUUCUACAUUUUCUGAUCAUAUCGAUUCUAAUUUCAUCUGCAUGUCUUCAGAUAAAGUUUUAAUCUCUAUGAAAGAGUCACCACAAUGGACUACGCAAAAUAUCCUGUACACACCGAAAGCAUCGAUAAUUCCUGAGAGUGAUAUCACAGUAGAUAAAACAAGCCAAGACGAUAAUUUGCAAGAAUUAAGAAGUACGACUACGAAAGUAAUAUCUAACGUUAACAUAGAUUUAAGUAGCAUGCUUCAAAACGAAGAACAGGAAGAAUCUGCGAGUACACUACAAUCAGCAAUAGAUAAUUUCGUAGUUUCAUCGCCUGUUAAUAAUAUCGAAUCAAAUUCUAUCGAUAUUAUAUCAGAUAAAAUUUCAAUUUAUUCUGAUGGAUUAUCACAAACGAAUACACAUAACAUCAUGUAUACACCGGAAGCAUCGAUACAAACAGAGAGCAACAUAAUAGCAGAUAUAACAAGUCAAGACGAAAACUUACAAGAAACACGAAGUACAACACUAAUAUCUGACGUCAAUAUAGAACUAAGUAGUACAAUUGGAAAAGAAGAAGAAAAAGAAUCGACUAAUAUCGACAACAUUAUAUCUGCAACAGACAUACAAGAACCAAGUAAAGAUCAAUCGAUAUUACAUACGCUACAAUCAACAAUAGAUAAUUUCGAAGUUUCAUCGCCUGUUAAUAAUAUCGAAUCUAGUUCUAUCGAUAUCAUAUCAGAUAAAGUUUCAAUUUAUUCUGACGGAUUAUCACAAACGAAUACACAAAACAUCAUGUAUACACCGGAAGCAUCGAUACAAACAGAGAGCAAUAUAAUAGCAGACAUAACAAGUCAAGACGAGAACAUACAAGAAACACAAAGUGCAGUACUAAUAUCUGACGUCGAUAUAGAACUAAGUAGUACAAUUGGAAACGAAGAAGAAGAUAAACAAUCGACUAAUAUCGACAACAUUAUAUCUGCAACAGACAUACAAGAACCAAGUAAAGAUCAAUCGAUAUUACAUACACUACAAUCAACAACAGAUAAUUUCGAAGUUUCAUCGCCUGUUAAUAAUAUCGGAUCUAAUUCUGUCGAUGUUAUAUCAGAUAAGAUUUCAAUUUAUUCUGACGGAUUAUCACAAACGACUACACAAAACAUCAUGUAUACACCGGAAGCAUCGAUACAAACAGAGAGCGACAUAAUAGCAGAUAUAACAAGUCAAGACGAAAACUUACAAGAAACACGAAGUACAACACUAAUAUCUGACGUCGAUAUAGAACUAAGUAGUACAAUUGGAAACGAAGAAGAAGAUAAAGAAUCGACUAAUAUCGACAACAUUAUAUCUGCAACAGGCAUACAAGAAUCAAGUAAAGAUCAAUCGAUAUUACAUACACUACAAUCAACAAUAGAUAAUUUCGAAGUUUCAUCGCCUGUUAAUAAUAUCGAAUCUAAUUCUAUCGAUAUUAUAUCAGAUAAAAUUUCAAUUUAUUCUGAUGGAUUAUCACAAACGAAUACACAUAACAUCAUGUAUACACCGGAAGCAUCGAUACAAACAGAGAGCGACAUAAUAGCAGAUAUAACAAGUCAAGACGAAAACUUACAAGAAACACGAAGUACAACACUAAUAUCUGACGUCGAUAUAGAACUAAGUAGUACAAUUGGAAAAGAAGAAGAAAAAGAAUCGACUAAUAUCAACAACAUUAUAUCUGCAACAGAUAAAGUUUCAAUUUAUUCUGACGGAUUAUCACAAACGAAUACACAAAACAUCAUGUAUACACCGGAAGCAUCGAUACAAACAGAAAGCGACAUAAUAGCAGAUAUAACAAGUCAAGACGAGAACUUACAAGAAACACGAAGUGUAGUACUAAUAUCUGACGUCGAUAUAAAACUAAGUAGUACAAUUGGAAACGAAGAAGAAGAUAAAGAAUCGACUAAUAUCGACAACAUUAUAUCUGCAACAGCUACUGUAGUAGACAUAUAG